AUGUCGCUCAUACCAGUGAUCCUCGUGACCUUCUUCCUGGUCUUUUGCUGUGCGGCUGGUCCGAUUGCUCCUUUUGCUGCCAAGAGAGACCUGGAGUCGCGCUCCCCAUCUCCUUCGCUCACUACACCUUAUAUGCACGUUGCCAGUCCUUCGGUCGAUGACGAUGACGACGAUGAGAUCAACGCUUUGACUGUAGUUCCGGUUACACCCUCCAGUCUGCCUCAGACUGCAUCCAGCUCUAGCACUACCGUUGAGCCGGCGUCAUCCAGCUCAGCUGCGUUCGUUCAGGUAUCUCCGACUACUUCUACUCAUGUCGACUCAACUACCUCUCUCUUCGAGUCUUCCUCUGCAGCUACACACUCGUUAUCUACAAGUGUCUCAUCAGACAGCACCGUGACUAUCUUGUCGCUGACUUCAACGACUACAACUACAACUACUACCACAACUACACCUUCAUCUUCAGCACCCUACUCGCCUCCCGCGAGUGCAGUUCCAAGCUCUCAUACGACAAGUUCUUCGUCGCAGGUGGUGCAUAUCACAAUACGCUCCAGCACUCAUUCAGAGAGCUCCCAUAUUGUAACUCCCUCAAGUGCCAUGCCGGGAGGUCCAAUGGAAGCCUCGUCAUCUCACGCAGCAACUUCUUCUCACAUCCUGCACGAGACGUCAUCCUCUACUGCCAGAGUAUCACACUCCUCCAGCACAGCAGCAGAGAUGUCAAAAGCAUCUCCAUCACCCCAGGUGACAAUCGCAUCAUCUAGUAAACUACUACAUUCCUCAACUAUUGCACCCGCAUCAUCAAGCGCUGCUCCAGAGAGCACUACAUCAUCCCACACCUCCGAGACAUCAACGUCCACCAGCUUCACGAUUGGAGUCAUCACGCCUCUCCCAGAAGCCAGUACCAGCUCUUCCUCAAUGCCCGAAAUGUCAUCCUCCACCUCACACUCCAGCGAGAGCACAACAACUACAGCCGAGGACACCUCAUCAACACCCACUGAAAGUCAGACAACCACACCAAGCUCCCACACAGCCAAACCCUUCAUCGGGGUGACCAUACCCACGACAAGCACAACCACAACCAAGACCACCCAGACAACAAACCGAGUGGAUACAACCACAACAACCACCCCCACACCAGAAACAGAAGACGCCACCACAACCACAACUACAACCUCAGCCCCAACCCCAGUCGUCGUACUAGUCACACCCGAAGGAUCAACAACAGUCAUUGGAACCUCCUCCUUCAUACCCUCUAACCCAGACACCACAUCAACAUCCACAUCAUCCCUCACAACAAUCAACCCAACCACAACCCCAACCACCCUCCACUCCACAUCAACAACCAUGCAAACAAUCUACGUAGUAAUCACAGAUACACCCACCUCCGAACAAACCUAUGAUUCCACCACCAUUGCUACUGCUAUCGUUACUGUGGUUGAUAAACCCACCCCAACUUCGGAAACUGUCCCUACCACUACCACCACAUCAACAACAACAUCUGAGGGAGAGAAAAUGUCGACGACGACGACAACGACGACUCCGUUAGAUGCAGAGCAAACGUCAACGAAAUCUACUGGGGAGGAUGUGUCCACGUCCAUACCUACGGUAACUUCGUCCCUGUCUAGUGAAUCGGGUGAUGUUCUUAGGAUUGUGCCUGUGACGCUUACGGGUCCUGUUACUGUUACUGUUACGGUGACGGAGAGGGAGAGGGAGACUGUGACUGUGACGGAGAAGGAGAAGGAGAAGGAGACGGUGACUAGGACGGAGACUGUUACGGAGAGGGUUACGGAGACGGAGAGUGUGAGUACUUGA